UGUAGUGCAGUCAGCUGGAGAGGAUUGUUCAGACUUGUAUCCUUUAUCUAAGGACACGAAGAGAAAAAGCCUUUUGAGAAAACAUUCAUACAUUAAUUUUUAAAAUAAGUCAUUAAGAAGUGGAUAUGAUGGAGCUCAUCAUCAAAGUCCUGAGUGGAGAAACGUGGUCCGUGCACGUGAACCCGAGUGAUACCAUUGGUGAACUCAAGCAACAGAUCGCCCCGCUCUUUAAUGCAACACCUUCACAGCUGAGGCUUUCCAUCUCCAAUGGACAAAACCUGCAGCUCGACUGUGAUCAGAAGACGGUGAGAGAUUACGGCCUGAGCUCAGGAUCCACCGUGAUGCUGCUGAUCUCCGCGACACCUCCGCCGUUUCAGGUGUUCGUGAAGAACGAGAAAGGGCAGACGAGAACAUAUGAAAUCACUAAUGAUGAAACCGUUGAUCAGUUGAUGAGAAAGAUAUAUGAAAGAGAAAGAACACCAAUCGACCAGCAGCGACUGAUCUACAGUGGUCAACAGCUAGAGUCUGGAAAGAGGCUGCAGGAUUACAACAUUGUUACUGGAAGCACUAUUUACAUGACCCUCCGUCUGCGUGGAGGCUGAUGCGACAGAAACACAUGGAGAUUAUUUUAGACUUAUAUAUAUACUUUAACAUUUAAUACUUUUGGAAUAAUUUAUUAGCACAAGUAGCUUAAAUAAGUUAAUAUUUAAACAUAUAAUGUAAUAUCACAUAAAAAAUAUUACAAUUAUUUAUUUAUUUAUUUAAUUGAAAAACUGUUAUGAUUUACUUUGUGAUGGUUCAUAAAAAUAUUAAAUUAUACUUCUUUUAAUAAAUAAUUAUACAAUAACUGAA